AUGUUGUCAACCAACAAAGCCUUCCUGCGCAUCAUCCUGGCAGCCUGUUUGCCAACAGCCGUAACAGCAUCUUGGUGGGAUGAUUUUACCAAUAAUUUGGCAAUGGAUCUUACACCACUUACUGCUUUAUUUGGCGAACAAGCGACCAAACAAUUCCUCAGCGAGUCAACAACCUUCUUGGACAAUUUUCUUUUUGCCAUGGCGCCUCUUGGGAUCUUAACUGGAGUCGUGUCUGCUAUUCGGGUCUGCGGAGGACCAUCUCUACGAGCAUUCAUCGGCCGUGCACAAGAGGGAGGAGGAAUUGCUGAGGCGGAGUUAUGCUCCUCUACUAGCCGCGAGGUGUGUGAGCUCUAUCACAACGGUGCCAUCGUCAGGGUUUUCGGGCGACCCAAGAUCCUGGAAAUUGUCUAUGACCCCGAAUUGGAAAAAAAAGACAACAACGAAGGUAAAAACACGGCUGGGAUCAACAUUUCUCGAGAGUAUUUCCAAAUGGCUAAACAAAACGGCACGGGCUGGGAAGAACAAGGGGAAGAGAAACCGUCCCAUGACGCAGAAAGUAGGCCAUCGCCAACCAAAAACACCUUUGACAAUUUCGCACCAAAUCCUAAUCUCUCACUCAACAUUGUGAUUGUAAAGCGGUCAUCCUUUGUGUACAUUGGGGCCGCUAUCGUGGGAUUCCUCUCGCAAACCUCGGUAUUGGUGCUAAGCGUUAUAAUUACUUAUAGCCUACACUGGGGGAAAAAUGGAAACUCUAUAGACCCUUGGGCUUUCCCUUUUAUAUUCGUGGGUACAAUGUUUGUUUGCUUUGGCAUGUUUCUCUGCGCCACUUUGGUAAACGAUAGUACCAAGGAGAGAGUGUUCGAAUGGAAGCGUGAACUAGGAAAAUCGAGCUCUACCCUUUACGUGGUCCAGCCAGGAAACCAGGUGGUCGGGGAUCAGACUUUUGAUCCCUUUUUGUUCUCGAAGCCGAUAAAGUGUUACAUGACAUCCUGGAAGGCUGCUCAGACUUCCGACUCAAAAACUUCAGUAUUGGUUGCUACUGUUAUAACAAUACUUGGGUUUGCCUUGCAGUUUGUUGGUUUGCGAGCGAUGCACUCGUUGGUUUCUCUAUUACAGCUUGCUGUCACCUUGUUAAUGAGUGUGAUCCGGGCCUUGUUGAGGACGCAGCGUUUAAGCAUAGAUGAAAAUAUCCUUCGUGAUCGUUCAGAUGAAGUGAGCGGCCAUGAACUCGAUUGGAUGGCUCUGCAGAUG